AUCUCCCAAAUCCAUGCCGUUUUCUUUGAACUUGCCAACACAUUAGCAACUGGAGAUCAGAAACUCUUCCACUUCUGUCCUAAGAGUAACAAUCUCUCUUCUUCUUUUUUCAGUUCUUGUCCUUUGUUUUUUCUGUUACCACUUACUUCAAAAAAUAAGAAGCUUAAAAGAAGAAGAAGAUAUGCAUCGAUCAGCGAGCUGGAACAGGAUGGCCAAUGACUACUUCCUCCACUCAUCGCAAAAUGGGGCAGCAGGGAUGAGAAUAUCAUCUUCAGCGGAAGAGAAGGAACUGCCAGCUUAUGAUCCAAUCAUGGAAAUGGCAAAGAAAGAAAAACGCAUUAAGUUUGCUGAGAAUGCUGUGCAUGUUAUUCCUUUUGUGCUGAUGCUUUGUGCAUUUCUUUUAUGGUUCUUUUCCAAUCCAGAUGUGGAGGUGGGAAAUAAGACGGAUUCCAUAACAGCAAGAAUUGAAGGAUUGACGAUCGAAGGUGACAUUGAUACUGACAGUGAUGGUACCCAAACAGGGUUUUUACCAAUUGAUUUGGUGGAUCAGGACGCUACUAGACGAACAACAGAUCAUAAAAUUGCCAGAAAAUUUGCAAAUAUAUCUUAAUGACGAUGCUGAUGGCAAUUUUACUCUUCUGUACUUUCAUUUUCAGAACCCAUUUGCUUUAUAAUUUCAUGUUUAAUCGAAUCUCUGAACGCAGAAGGCUCUUAUAAUAAUAAUUUGUUCUUUUUUAAUUUGGAAACUUUUUUUUGGCA